CACAACUGAAGAAAGGCCCUAAAUUUUUCACUCCAAAAAUAUUUUUUGUUUUUCUAAUUUGUCAGUGGCUAACAGAAUGUUUCCGAAAUUUCAAAAAGCAUCUGAUAAGUUGCGGAUGCUUUUACAAAACAGAGCCAAUUUUAGUGCGUUUCGAAGCUACACAAGCAUGGCGAGGAAGAGCUCCAAAGUUCAAGCUCUCUACGAACUCUGUCAAAACAUGUUCACGCCAUCGGGGUCUCCUCCCCCUUCUUCUGCAGCAAUCAACAAGCUUUGUUCGGUUCUGGACACAAUGUCUCCAGCUGAUGUUGGUCUUAAAGAGGAAAAUCUGGAUGACGAUCGAGGCCAUGGAUUUUUUGGACUUGACCAACUAAGUAGAGUUGCUCGAUGGGCUCAACCAAUAACAUACUUGGAUAUAUAUGAAUGUGAUAGUUUUACGAUGUGUAUAUUCUGUUUUCCUACCUCCUCAGUCAUCCCACUUCAUGACCAUCCUGGGAUGACUGUUUUUAGCAAAGUUCUCUAUGGCUCUUUGCAUGUGAGAGCUUAUGAUUGGGUCGAGCCUGCCCAGGAAAGCAAGGGACCAAAUUACUUUCCAGUGAGAUUGGCAAAGCUGGCGGUUGACAAGGUUUUAACAGCGCCAUGUGGGACAUCAGUUUUGUAUCCAAGGAAUGGGGGGAAUCUGCAUUAUUUUACUGCAGUCACUCCUUGUGCUGUCCUUGACAUUCUCACUCCCCCUUAUAGAGAAGAUGCAGGCAGAAAAUGUACCUACUACCGUGAUUACCCGUAUACUGCCUUUGCUACUGGUAACGGAAUUAAGAUAGAGGAUGGUAAAGAAGAGGAGUAUGCAUGGCUUGCUGAGACAGAACCGGAUAAUCUCUAUAUGCGCCCAGGAAAUUACACAGGCCCGACUAUUCAAGUUUAACCCUCAUCGGUCAUUAGUGACGAUUACUAAAUGAGCCCCAUGGUUCCUUGUGUUUGCUCCAGCUUUGGACCUUAAGAGAGAAAACAUUCCAUUGAGGUUGACUACAUAAGCCUAAGCAAAGAGGUAACUAUGGUGCUCGAGCCUGCAGUUUAUCAUCAAGUGAAUUGGCAGAAAAAUGGAGCUUGUUGUUGGGUUAUGAUAUCAAGUUUAAGAUCAAGCUAAGUCAUCCGGACGAGUGACCUUCCUUGCUUGUGUCGCUUUCUUCAUUAACUCAGGAAAGUUGUGGUGGUUGCAA